UCCAUCACACUGGUGCGAAGAAGAAGAAGAGUGUGAGACAAGUCAUCACCGCAAGUGGCCCAGGGGCAGGAGAGGAUUUCAUCAACUUUUACAAAUCAUUUUCUUCCGGAUAUUAAACUAUUUUAAUCUAACCGUCCGGGGACGGGGGCACUGUUAAACAUGGCUGCUCUUUCAGCCUGGUUCUGGAACGAGAGGUUUUGGCUCCCACACAACGUAACCUGGGCGGAUCUGGCAGACCCAGCUCCCGGGGUGGAGUACCCCAAAGCUGGACAUUUGUUUACUGCCAUGCCGCUGGCUUUGGGAAUUUUUGCCGUCAGGAUAUUCUUCGAAAGGUUUAUUGCCAGUCCCUGCGCCCGGAGUCUUCACAUCCAGCCAGGUGUUGGACGAAGAGCUCAGCCCAAUGCAGUACUGGAGAAGGUGUUUACAUCCAUCACCAAGAACCCAGACUCUCGCCAUCUGGAUGGCCUAUCCAAGCAGCUGGACUGGGAGGUGCGAAAGGUCCAGCGCUGGUUCAGGCACCGCAGGAACCAAGAUAAACCCAGUACACACACUAAGUUCUGCGAGAGCAUGUGGAGGUUUACAUUUUACUUGUUCAUUUUUAUCUAUGGGUUCCGGUUUCUGUGGCAGUAUCCUUGGAUGUGGGAUACACGGCAUUGCUGGUAUGGUUAUCCCUAUCAGGUCAUGACUCCGGGUCUUUACCGCUACUAUGUGACAGAACUGGCCUUCUACUGGUCACUCAUGUUCUCCCAAUUCACUGACAUCAAAAGGAAGGACUUCAAGAUCAUGUUCAUCCAUCACCUGGCGACAGUUGGCCUGAUCAGCUUUUCUUACGUCAACAACAUGACGCGAGUAGGGAGCCUCGUAAUGUGUGUACACGAUGCCUCUGACUUCCUGCUAGAGGCAGCCAAGCUGGCCAACUAUGCAAAGUACCAGCGCUUGUGUGACUCCCUGUUCAUCAUGUUUAGUGUGGCAUUCUUCAUCACACGACUAAUUAUAUUUCCAGUAUGGGUCCUGAACUCCACUAUGUUUGAGAGCUGGGCCAUAGUCGGGCCAUACCCGUCCUGGUGGCUCUUUAACUUCUUGCUGCUGGUCCUUCAAGUGUUGCAUAUCAUCUGGUUCUACCUCAUAGGCCGAAUAGCUGUCAAAGCAAUGCUGCGGGGCAAGGUAUGCAACGAUGUCCGCAGUGACAUUGAGAGCAGCUCAGGGGAAGAGUCCAACACAACCAUAGAAGGCCCCAAGGUUUCUUUUCAUACACCCAAGGAAGAAAACGGCACUAACGGUUACUGUGCUGCUGCUAAAGCCCGAGGGCUGAACCACAGCAGCGGGUGACGUGAGGCUGGGUGCCCCCUGCAGUUUGUCCCUCACGUCUCUAGAAGCUUUGCCUUUUGACAUUCCCUUGACGUGCAAGGCGCUCACAAACACACGGACGAUGGACAUGCAGACACACACUUAAGUAAGCACAGGUUCAUAAACGGACGAUGGAUAUGGAGACACAUUAGCUUUGGAGAGCCCUGGACUGUCAUUUACGACACAACUAAAGAGGUGACAUGUAAACACUGAAAUAAUAUGAAAAAUCUGUUUUAGAAGGUGAGUUGCUUAGCCUUAUUUUUCAAAUGAUGGGCGUGUUAAUGGGUCGUUGGGCUGCAGAUGUUGAUUUUUAAAUGUUCUCUCCCAGUUUUAUUGGUCAGAUGAACUUAAUUUUGUCUUGCGUGUCCAUUCACACUGGAUCACAAAAGGCAGAAAAUACUAUGUGACGUUACAGCAGGUAUUAUACAUAUAAAUAACUGUUGUUAUAGCUGUGGUUUUAAAAGCUCUUAAAAGAAGGGCACCUGCUAAGUGUGUGACCAGAAAUACACUCUUGAAAGUUAAUAGUUACUGCCUUCUGCGAUCUAGUGUGGAUUUCUCCUUUUAAAAACACUGUUUGGCAACUGUGUGACUUAUUGUUUUUCUACUAUGUCUUAUGAGACCAAAUGUUUAUGAAACGGUUUGUCACUGGCUGUGGAAGAUUCCAGGCAUGAGGACUAUACAAAAUGUCUGGUAUCCCUUUCUCACUCGAGGGCCUUGUAAAAUAGAUAUUUACAAAUAUACUCUGUUGUGAAAUGUCUUUCUUGUUGCAGUCCUGUUUAAAAAAACACUACAUUGCUUUGUAUGGUUAAAGGCAUUUAAUAUAAUACAAACAAUUGGAGCCAUUUUUACCCCUGAAACCCUUUUACACGGGCCAUUGAUGCAAAUAAUAUGUUCUUGGUUAAUUUGCUUGGUGAAGUUUUUAUGAACAUCUUUCUUGUGAGGACACAAUACCGUCAACAAUGAAAUCACUUAAAUGUUCUGAGAGGAAUUAACGUCUCAAUGAUUUAGUGAC